UUCAGUCAGCCUGCCUGUAGGAUGUUAGUCAUGGAGGUUGCAUGACCACUUCAGUAUUAAUGCCAGCUAUGCUUGCCUUGAUUGAGAUAGCUGGCGGUCAGUUUCAGCAAUGACCAGCUGGCCAGCAUACACGAAUACCCCUCUGAAGACUGUAUGCUGAACAUGCUCCGUUCCCAAGGUGUCAAACUGGAUGUGGACGAUAUCCAAGACAGCCCUGACAUGGACAAUGAUGAGGACGAGGAAGAUGUGCUCACUAUGAGCAUUGAUAACAACAGUAACAAGGGCAGUAACAGUAGUUUGUCAUCUCUGCAAGGCCUUGGGAGUGGGGGUUCUGGUCUGUCUAGCUACAAGGGCCGUUUUCAGAUGGAUUACCAGUUUGGUAUGAACAUGUACCAGGAGGAACCAGUGGCUCCACCUAAACAAGAGGAGCCACAACCAGACCCCGAAGAUCUCUCAGUCAAACCUGCUGAUGAUGACUUUGCCUGGUCAGAAUCUGCAACAUCAGAUCUUCUAUUCUGAUUUACUUAUAUGAAUUAUUUUCUACACUGGAGCUAUGAUCAAACUGCAGUUGGAGUUGAUUGUAUGGUUAUAAUGCAGCAAAGAACCAAAAUGUUGAAUAAUCAGUGAACAUGAGUAAGGGGAACAUCAUUUAUCACAGUUACAUGUGUUAUGAACGUUGUUUCUUGAAAUUGCCCUUGCUAUAAAAGAGACUGCUGCAGUAUUUCAUUCCAGCGCAUGGUCAGACAUAUACCAAGAACAGCAUUCGUUUACCUUGUUGCAUUUGCACAAAAAAA